GCAGGCGGGAGGAGAGCUGAUGUUCACCAAGGAUGGAGAUCUGAAAGUGGUUGUUUUCGGUCCUUUUUUCUUCUUCUUUUUUUUUCAACCAAAGCAGCAUUUCUUAGAAGCUUUUUUUUCACAGCACACUAAGGGACGAGUACAAGUUCGAUAUCGCACUCGUCUGUUGUUUUUCCAUGACAAACUGGUAAUAACUCAUGGCAAAAACUGAAACGUUCAGCACCCGAGUCGAGGACAGCUCUAGUCUAAUCCUGUCUCAUCAACACUAAAAAUAUCACUGUAGGGCGACCUAUGAACAAAUUCGGUGUGCUUGUUUAAGUAACUAAUUUUCAGACACCAUAAAGCGACAACCGCCAAUGUAACGCUGUCUCGCAACCUGGGGAGAAGUCUAGAGAUCCGGGGAGGGAGGAAUCCGCGAAUGACUGUGCUCUCAAUAUGUACCAGGGACACUUACAGGGCAAGGACUCUAGGGCUGCAGAUAAGACUGUGGCCAUGGUCCUGAAGGAGAUACCGAGUAAGGCGUCCUCUGAAGGGAAGCCCCUCCUCCCGGUGACUACGAAGCUGGUGAGCGAGCAACAGGAGAGCCGGCCACUACUCAGCCCCUCCGUCGACGACUUCCUGUGCGAGGCCAAGUGUGAUGGCUCCCGCCCUCGCCCCGUCACGUCCAACACUGCUGUGCUGUCCUCAGCCCUGGACCUCCUGGACCUCAGCGAGCCGAGCGAGCAGAGGAACGGCCGGGACAAGAGGAGCCCCCUGGCGUCCCGCGGGGAGACCCCGAAAGGCGCCGCGCUCCGGAAGAGGACCGAGGAGACGGAGCUGAUCCAGGUGGAGGUGGAGCACGCCGCCCUGACCACUCGCACACCAGAGAGGCGCUCGCUGGAUUCAGGCAGAGUCGACAUUUCGUCUACGCUGGAUAAAUGGGAGGAGCUGAAUCCCAACGGGAACAAGAAAUGGAAAUUGGAUCGGCGACGUUCGUCGAGGAACUCCUCGAAUGAAUUCCUGUGGUCGACCGACUGCAAAGCUCAAUCAGAGCCAUCAAACAAGAACUCGGAGGCAAACACCAAAGCGGAGCCGGAAUGUGCUCUAGCAUCUCAACUCAACAGGCAGUAUAUUAGUGGAAGACAUGGUCGUCUGACGAAGGAACCCAAGUGGGGCAGUGCGCUCCUCUCCAGGAACCAGUCCCUCGAGGAGGAGUUUGAGCGCGCCAAGGCCGCCGUGGAGUCAGACACCGAGUUCUGGGACAAGAUGCAGGCGGAGUGGGAGGAGCUGGCCCGGAGGAACUGGCUCACGGAGAACGAGCAGGCUCAGAUGCCAUCCUCCGUCUCGCCGCACGAGAAGGGUUACUACUUCCACACGGACAACCCCUACAAAGAGCACCACAACGCCUUCGAGGAGGGCCUGAAGAAGUCCCAGGAGGGGGAUCUGCCCAACGCUGUGCUGAUGCUGGAGGCCGCCAUCCUGCAAGACCCUCACGACUCAGAGGCGUGGCAGGUCUUGGGGACCACCCAGGCUGAGAACGAGAACGAGCAGGCAGCCAUUGUCUCCCUCCAGAGGUGUCUGGAGCUCCACCCCAACAACCUGGCGGCGCUCAUGGGUCUGGCCGUCAGCCUGACCAACACGGGCAUGCGGCAGGAGGCGUGCGAGGCCCUUCUGCGCUGGCUGCGCCACAACCCCAAGUACAAGCACCUGGUGAAGGGCAAGAGCCAGCCCAACGGCUCCCCGGGGUCCCAGCGGCGGAUGUCUCGCGUCUCCACCGUGGGCCGCUACGAGUGCAGCCUGCUCCCAGAGGCGCGGGAGCUGUUCCUGGAAGGGGUGAGGAACAACUGCGACAGCGUGGACCCCGACCUGCAGACGGGCCUGGGGGUGCUCUACAACCUCAGCGGGGAGUUCAACAAGGCCGUGGAGGCCUUCAACGCCGCCCUCUCAGUGCGGCCACAGGACUACCUGCUGUGGAACCGCCUGGGGGCCACGCUGGCUAACGGGGACCGCAGCCAGGAGGCAGUGGAGGCCUACACCAAGGCCCUGGAGCUCCAGCCAGGCUUCAUCCGCUCCCGCUACAACCUGGGCAUCAGCUGCAUCAACCUGGGGGCACACAGGGAGGCGGCCGGUAACUUCCUGACGGCCUUGAGUCUGCAGAGGAAGAGCAGGAGCCACCAGCUGUCCCACCAGGUGAUGUCGGGGAACAUCUGGGCCGCGCUGAGGAUCGCCCUGUCCAUGAUGGACCAGCCGGAGCUCUUCCAAGCGGCCAACCUCGGAGACCUGGAUCUCCUCAUGAAGGCCUUCAACCUGGACAUUUGAGGGGGUUUAGUCACCAUAGGAUAGACCCCCUCCCCCCCUCCCAACCCAGUCCCACGUCUCUCCAAAACAAACCCAAGCCUGAGAGUCCAAAGUGCUCGUUGAAGAAUGGACAGUUUUUUUAGGGAAUGACUGUGCUUCCUUUUGCACGGUGGUUUUAAAAAACAACACCCCACGGUUCUAUAUAUUUUUUCGAAGCCGUUUUCGUAGGAGAGGUUGAUGCUUUAAUUGGCGACUUUGAGAUGGAUUUCUGCUGCACUGUAAAUGGUGAUUUCCCCGAAGAACACAAGGACGGGCAGAGAUUAUACAAGCAAUGCCUUAGAGAACCCGUCAAUUAAAAGCCCCACUCAUCUCGCGGAGGAGAAGUGUGGCUUUGGGACAGGAGAUGGAGGAAGACGUCACAGAGAACUAUUUUGAUCACGUGUACAGAGCAGAUGUUUUGUAAAAGAAUUUAAAAAAAAACGUAACUAGACUUUGGGAUCCAACUACUUACUUCAGGACAAUGUCACCUUAGAGGAAAGUGUUUAGGGAGUGGACAAGGAAACGCAUGAACUGGGACAUUUUCUGUUUGUUGGUUUUUACCCAUCCAUGUUCAAAACAUUGCAUGCGUAGGUCAUUUCCAUAGUGGGACAUUGGACAUUUAAAUGACCUUCAAAUAGUUUCUCAUUGCACUUCAAGGGACUAUGCUCAUCGUAUAUGGAGGGGCGGAGCGAGCCUCACUGGAACGCAUGCAUACAAUAAUAUUUAUUUAAGUUUUUUUAUAAAAACAAAAUGCUAAGCCAUUUUUGGGCUGGAGUGAAUUUCGUUAGCUUUGAGCUUCGUUAACCAUAGCUUCGUUCACUCUUUAGUAUUUUGUUUUUUUGUUUAUGUCUUUGUUUAGCUUUUUUCGCUUUCUAAAUCAAAAGAUUGCACACUAAAAAUUGCAUUUGCAUCAGUAACCCUUUACAAGUUGUUCUUAAUAGUACCGAUUCAAGGUACUCCUGUUCACUUUUUUUAAUCUCUGAUGACUUUCGAACUAGUAGGCACUAGGCAGCAUUACAUAUUAUGAUGCAAUUUCAGCAUCAGCAGCCAAUCUUUGUUUAACCAUUUAGCAGACAUGUUUAUCCAAAGCUACUUCCAGUAGAUUCAGAAUCAUGUAUUUAAGGAGCAGGAAGGGGACAGGCAGCCCCCACACUAAAAAGGUGUAUUUUUUGUCCUGUCACACUAUGGCGUGGCGCUGCUGUUCCUUACCUCGGUUUCAUCAAAUGCAAUGACAAGGCUUCAAAGCUUUCUGUCAGAUUUGCUUUAAACCUGCAGGGCCAGGCACAUAUUUUUCUCUGAGCCUUGGAGAAGCUCAAAGACUUCCUUUCACUCCCGGACACAUAAGAAAACUGCCAUUGAACAUCAAAGUCUUCACCGCUGGUAUCUCUGUCAAUGACCAAGAUUAACUAUCGAGUAAGCCAGUAUUGACAGUUGAGCUGCAAAAUAGGAAAAUAUGGGUGCGGGUUGAGGCUGCAGUCUUAAAGAGAACAGGUUUACACAUGAAGGAGCCGCCAGCACAGAUAGGUGUAUGCAACCUACUUUAUUCUGUAGGGACUUAAUAUAGGGACUUAAGAUACUCAAAAGGCACCAACUGAGCGAAUACAUUGAGCUGACAAAUUAUCAUGCAGAUCUUUGUUGCAAUAGCACCAUAUUUUUUUAAGUAACAUUACCCACAAAAAUAGAUGUUGGUGUCCAUUAUAAUUGUUGCACUUCAAAAGAACACCACUACAAAGAUCCUCAAGUUGAAUUUGCUAUAAACUAGACGGUUGAUUUUUUUUGGUCUUUAAAGACAACUUGCAAUGCCUUCAGCUCAGUCAUAUGGGUUUCUGCUCUUUGACACUUAAUUGAAUGAGACUCAAAUUAAAAUAGCCUGCAUUAGAAACAGAUUAGAAACCUGGCGUGUCCAAGCAAGGCUUUGGGACAUGUCUUGGCACAAGCAAGCCGUUGACCAAAUCCACCUCUAAUGAUUCCCUGGAAGUCUUCCGCGAACAGGAGACGAUGCAAGACGUUGCUUGAGUAUUCCCCCUGUAUCUAAACACUACAUGUGGUCUGUCCUCUGUCAUCCCCUUCCUAAUCUUAACUGCCCCAUCAGCAUGAUUUAGAAACAAAGCUUGAAAACAUAAAUCGUUUUUUUUAAUACACACACGCAUUUUCCUAUGGGCUGCUAGGCCUUUGCUUGUUAUUUUCUUGCGGUUUCAAAUUUAGAUACUUGUAGUUCAAUAGAAAUUAAAAAUACUUUAUUUUUUUAACAAGAGGUCGUUUUUUUUUUCCAAACGCUGGCUUUUCUCUGAUCAACACCGUGUGCACAGCAGCCCCGCAGAUGUGUACUCAGAUAAGAUGCCUGAAGAAGAGGAUGUCUUGUUUUUGUAGAAGCUAGAACAGGCCUUCACACCUUCUCAGGUUUACUGACUUAGCAUGCGCCUGAAGGAGGAACUGGCCCGUGGUUGAUGCAUACCAGUUCCUCAAUGCUUGUCUCAGUUUUUUUUUUGCCGUUUUUUUUUAAUUUUCUUUUAAUUCUCAUGCAUGAACUUGCAAAAACCAAGUGCUUUCUCUUGAUCUCCCAGUUAACCUAUAACAUGAAUUAUAACCUUACAGUUACCCGGCAAUAUUUCUACCAUGCACUUUCAAAUUUGACAUUGAAAAAAUAUUUUGUGUGUAUGCGUGUGUAUGUAUAUAUUCAGUCUAUAUAUUGUACACAAGAUACACAACCAAUCAAAUAUAGUUCUCACACUGUUUUCAAACAUUACAGUAACACAUUGACAAAACCUUUAAGGUAUGUCAAAACUAGAUUAACAUAACGAACAUCACAUCAUUACUAUUAGCUAUUCAGUCACGACACAAUCUAAAAUGAGAUCAACAAGCAAGUUGUUCAGUCGUCUCUAAUCCGUGUCUUCUCAGAAGACCUGAACAUCAAAUACAACCAAGGAUCGUUUGGUGUGUUAGCAUCAAAUAAUGAACACACUCAUUCAUGCAAUCAUUACCACAUGCAUGUUAUAGCACGCACAAUACUGUAACUUCAUGUAGAUGAUAUGUUGGACUUAAAAGUUAUUAACUUGAAUGUUAUGGUGCAUUAUACCAGUCAUAACAUGCUCUAUAUCAUUUGAAAGGCAUAUUUUAUAGAUAAUACUAGGCAGAUUAAAUAAACAGAACUACCAGGUACUUUCUACUUAUACAUGCUUUAUAGGGUGGGUUUUUGUCAUUGGGCAGCACGGUAUCUUGUGUACAAUACAUUGACCUUUGUCCAUUAUUCUACUUAUCUGCCACAUGAAGUACAUAUACCUGUCUUCAGAAUUCUUUACUUAUCAAAACAACUAGAAUUAAGAUUUCCUUGAUUUUGAUGCAAGAAAUGACGUUAGCAUUUAUAUUCUACUAGUUUACUUAAGCAUCUAUAAUGCAUAUUAAUCUACCUGUAUACCCAGCCACAAGGAAACACAGUAGCACCUUUGAAAUAUACAAUAUGAAAGUAAUCUUUUAAAAAUAAAAAAUCUGUUAUUCAGUCCAUUUA